AUCAGGCUGGAAAGCAGACAGGCGGGUCAAAAUUUAGACGUGACUAAUGAUGAUAUUUGCUGUGGGCGAGUUCAACCACUGCUCUCAUCCCUAGAGUGUUGAUCUGAUCAUUGGCUGAUACCCUCGGAAGGAGUAAUAAAAGGGCACUGAUGUAACCGUGCCUCACCCCAGUGCAUCUGCACUCCCAGGACAGCAAACAUGCGAGAUCAGGGAAAAACAACAGCGGUUCAAGAUCAUGAAACACUGGCAGCCUGUUGCCAGUCCUCAAGACAGGGUCCUUUGCUUGACAUUGACAAACUGCCCUUUGUGACCUCCAAAUGGGUCAUUCAUCUAGUCCCGCUGAGCUGGUGAGUCACACCAUGGAUCAGUAAUAAAAAAAAACAACUAGGAGAUGGGGAGAGAGCUGAUUAUCUGAAAAUAGCCCGUUAAAGUUUCAAAUGCCUGUAGCCUUGUGAGGCUGACGCUUUCUUGGAUUUUUUGUGACUCAGCUUUGCUGCUGUUUUCUGCAACGCUACGGGGUUAAGCAAUGCAUCAUGAGUUAUUUUCUGGUGGUUAGCAGAACACAUGGAGAGACUGUACUAACGCAGUACCAGAGAUUAAGAGAAGAGCAGUUACUGUUCGAUAUCGUGCUUGUUGCUGAUGGCACAGAGUUCCCUGCACACCGAAGUCUCCUUGCUUGCUCCAGUGAUUAUUUUCGAGUGCUCUUUAAGGAUUACACGAGGGAGUCCAAGGCCAGCGUGAUCCACCUGCAGGUCGUGUCCUCUACUGGGCUCCAUCAUGUGCUUGAUUUCAUCUACACCUCCUGGCUGUCCCUUUCUCCCGAGACUUUAGAGGACACCUUGGAGGCAGCCGGCUACCUGCAGGUCACUGAAGCCAUCGGGCUCUGCGGCCAGUACAUCACCAACAACCUAAGCCUGGAGAACUGUUGCUUUUUCGCCAAUGUUGCUUCCAGGUUCGGCCUUCGCGAUGCACUCUCUGCCGCAAACAGAUACAUCAGCCGCAACCUGUGCAGGCUGCCCCAGUGCAGCUUGGACUCUGAAACACAGCUCGACUUGAACCUGGAGUCCAUGAUGGCGGUUGUGGGUUCGGAUGACAUGCCCAGAGUCACAGAGCUCCAGCUACUUGUUCUGGUGCUGGAGUGGCUGAAGAACAAUCCGCUCUCCGUCGUUCACAACAAUCUGUUACUUGGCAAAAUUAGGUAUGGUCUCAUCCCGGUGGAAGAGCUUACAAACCUUUACUCCCAGAAUGAGGUGCUGCAGACCGCCUACAUAAAGAGCCUGGUUUUAAAUGCAAUGCGCUACCAUUCCUUGAGCCACCAGCAACCCCUGAACCAGUGCACACAAAGCACCCUGCGGACCCAGAGGAGCCAGAUCAUUCUGGUCGGGGGAGGAACCCUGAGAGACGGGCUUGUAGGUGAGGUUCUGGCUUUUAAUCCAUACUUCAAGACAUUCAGAGCCAUCACAGACCUCAAAAGGAAAGUUCAGAACCACUGUGUUUGUGUGGUCAGGAAUUUUCUGUACGUGCUGGGAGGCGAGGUCGUCCAGGUUAACGACAAUGAGAAGCUGGCUACCACGCUGGUCACUAACCAGGUCUGUCGAUACGAUCCAAGGUUUAACAAAUGGUUGGAGACUGCCGGGAUGAUCGAAAAAAGGGCGAGAUUUUCCUGCUGCAUAGUAGAGGACAACAUAUUUGCCAUUGGUGGUAGUAGUGGUAUCAAUUCUUUGCAUUCUUCAGUGGAGGUCUACGACAUUAACACAGACAAAUGGGAGAAAGUCAGAGACCUUCCACAAAAAAUGCAUGGCCAUGCCUGCACCGUGUACAAGGACACCAUUUACAUAUCCGGUGGCAUGCAUGAAAAUCACAUGGAGAGCAGCAAAGAGGUGUACAGUUUCAAUCUACUUGACGGGCUGUGGAAGAAACGAGCAGCCAUGUCAAUUGCACGCUUCGGGCACCAGAUGGCGACAAUGAAGGAAAAGAUCUUUGCGUUUUUAGGAAUGUACGAACCCUUUUGUGACAUAGAACGUUACGACCCAGUGGAGAAUCAGUGGACAAGGUUACGCCCGGUGCUGUACGAUCGGUUUUGCUAUGGCAUGGCUGUCAUUGACAGCAGCGUGUUAAUGAUUGGUGGAAAGAAGUGGCACAACUCUCAAGAAGUGGCUACCCAGAACGUUAUUGAAUACGAUGUGGACCGCGAUAGCUGGAAAGAAGUUUGUAAACUGCCCUGCCCUCUCUAUGGAUUGCAGUGUGCUGUGCUGCAGCUUCUAGAGGUGCCACAUGCUUAAAGGACAUUGCACACUUUCUGAAAGGAGUGCUAACCAGUUUAUUGACCUGGUAUUAGCUUCAUUCACAUUAUUACUGGUCUUUUGAUCGUGCAGAGCAUCUUUUGGUUUUUCACUUGUGUAGGUAUGCAAAUAUUUCACAGACAAUGCUAGAGAUCAACUGCUGCAUCCUGGUGGCUGUGCUGUAGGUCACAUAGUCUGAUUGGAGCUAGAUCAUUGCAGUAGAGUUUGACCUACAACACCUGAAGCGAUUAGGGAAAGUAUUUUCAUACAGGUGUAUAGCGUUGUCUUUGAAAUAUCUGCAUAUUCCUAAUUGAAAAUACAAGCACCACAAAUACAAUAAUAUUGCUAGUGCUAAUGAGAAGAUAUGCAUUUUAAAGCCUUGUUUAGCACUGUGUUAAAGCAAUUUACACAAGUAAAUAAAACACAUGCAAAAAAAGAAAAAAGAAAGAAACCACACACCAUAACUUAUGGUAACCAAAAAGACACAUUGCUGUUAAAACCAGAGAAAGGAAACCGAACCAGCAGAAGCACUGGACCUGAUGAUCUGUCAGGUGUCACAUGGUGUGAGAGAAAUGUUUGUUUGGUGCAGGGAUGGUGGUGCAGAAUGAUCACUCACAUUUCCAGUGCUCAUGCUCGCCACCUGGAGUCUCAAAAGCACUUUUCUAACAGAGAAGAUGAAGCUGAAUUCUUCAUUUCUGAUUGGAAAGGUUUCCCGAAUGGAUAGCGAGGAGUACUGUCGCAGCCUAGACACUUGCUUACUGGUUCAGCCCUGCCUCACUGUAUAUCUGAGCAGGACAACGUUGGAAAAGGAUCCCAUUUGGUUUUAUACUGGAUCAUUGUGGGAGAGCGUUCACAACAGAACCCUGCAAUCAGCAAUGUUGUAAUGAGGAGAGGUGUCGCUCGUUUAAAGAAGGACCAAUAAAAAAAAAGGUAUAGGGAAACACAAGGUAUAGGUGUUUGUGUUGAGGUGUUUGUAUCUUGAUCCUUGUUGUCAUUGUUAAAAGCCAUGCUAGUGUUUUUCUGCAAGGGAAACAGGUUUGAACUGAGAUGUUAAAAAACAAAAGGGCCUAAGACUAUGCAAGUGUCAAAGUAAGUGCUGAUAUUGGUCUGGGUGGGGGUGUUAAGGGAUGGACAUCUACAAAUGAAGAGUCCAGUAUUAUAUUAAUAAUG